CACAACUUAUCCACCCUUAUUGAAGGGUCUUGGACACUCCCUUAAGCCCCUCAUUCGAACUCCCAAGGAUAAGGGAGAAAGAGAGAGCCACACAACCAAGAAAGCAAGAGGAAGGGGAAGCUGCCGCAGAAAGCUCUCAAGACGAGGAAUCUGUGAAGGUCUGGUUUGCAUCAAUCGGAGUAGUGGAAGGCUCCCAAAUCGUCCGAGCAAAACACAACCUCGCGGAAUACGUUUUUGUAUUCAAAGUUAGGGAACGAAUUCGUCGGGAAACACCCGUUCUAGGGACUGUUUUUGCAUUUUCGGUUAGGAGUUGAACUAGCACUUUGAGGGGGCUGUUUAACACUCAAUUCCAAGCAAGGAACCAGUUCUCAAUCUUCCUUGGCCGAGGCCUUGGUCAUUGGGUCGAGAAGGAAAGUUUUAAAGCUCAUUUGAGGUUGAGGCUAGAGCUUGCUUCCUGUGCUCGUUGCUCGAGAGAUCAUCUAGGAGGGAAGACUUGCGAUGGAGGGUGAUGGUGGUAUUAUGAAUAGGGAGAACUCGGGAGGGCUUGCACCGGGUGGAACCGGGCAUGCCAACCGAGAAAAGCCCUUAGGACCAAAGGUGCAUGAAAUUCUUGAAGCUCAAAUCGUGAGUGGUGGUCAUGUUAAGACCAAGGAAGAAUCAUCUUGUUAUGGCAAAACUGAACCACUCAAGGCUUCGGGUGACGAAGGAGAUGAUUUGAGUGAUGAGGACCUUGAUAAUGCACCCAUUGAACAAAUGGGCAUGGUCAUAAAUUGGCUUCAACGUGAACGUGCUAGGCUUAUACAAAAACGCCAAGCUAGGCAAGCUAAGGACGCACCAUUAGGAAGGAAAAGAAAAUGGGGAGACCACGACCCCCAAGGACAUUCUAGGAGGACAAAUGUUGAGGGUGACAAAACCUUCGGGGCACACACAUUAUCGCUUGGGAGGAGCCGAGGCUCGGGUGGCCAGAGCUCGAGGUCAAAAGGUUCGAGAGUACCUAAGUGCACAAAUUGUAAGAAGCACCACCCGGGUAAGUGUUGGGACCCUCCUAGGUGCUACCGAUGCAGAGAGAUCGGGCACACGAAUGCGAAUUGCCCACAACUUGUACCCGACCAAACUUUGGGCUCAAGUAGUACGACUAUAGGCAUACGGAGUCAAGCCGGGGCCUCUCAAGCAAGUAAGGAACAUGGCGGAGCAAGUGUGAGUAACGCGCCGUCUGUGAAUCAAGGGAGGACUCACGCUAGAGUCCAUGCGAUGGCGGGGGCGGAUGCUCAAGCUAACCCGGAUUCCGUUUCAGGUUGAGGCUAGAGCUUGCUUCCUGUGCUCGUUGCUCGAGAGAUCAUCUAGGAGGGAAGACUUGGUUCGUGCUUCCUCCAUUCGUUUUUUAAACAUUAAUAAACAUGCUCAUGGAUAUUUUACUUUAGAGCCUGCGUGCUCAUGAAUAGCCCUGUGUGGCCCUUUGUUUUAAACAAUGUUUUCCG